AUGGAAAAUUUGCAUAAACUUUGGUGGAGAGAAGAAGUAAAUAUCAAAUUUCAGGUUCUCAAGAAAUUUAGUUCUUCUAUAUGGGUCUUUGGAACUAUAACGCAGCUGAUUUGAGCUUUGAUGAUGCCUGAAAAGAUGAAUCUUGUAAUUAUAUAUAUUCCUUAUUCAAUUUUGUUUACUAUUUUGUGCACUCUAAUUUGAUAUGCAAGCAAAAAAGGAGUGAUUUGGAAAACUAUAGUUUCUGUAGCCUACUCUGAGGGUUGCUGCUUAAAAUAUUUGAAUGUUGGGACUUAA